AUGGGCACGAAGACUGCGGGAAUCAAGUUUGGCUCCGUUGUUUGGGUGAAGUCCAAGAAGGACCGAGGGCCGUUUGACCCGAGGACGGUGAGGGACGACGAAAUGGAAAUGGAGGAGGAAGAGCACGUCGUGGACCUCAUUGAGCCUACAAGGCGUAUGCGGGGAAAGACCAAGUUGAGUGAUCCUGAGUUGCGGGCCAUUCGCAAACAAGAGAGGGCCGUCUUGGUGAAGGAGUUGCUGGAGUCCAAAAUUUGGGAUUCACCUCAGGGGGAUGAGUUCAAGGGAAACUACUGUUCGAUGUGGGUGAACGAAAGGGAAGUGCCAGGCCAGAAGAUGAGCGUGGAGUUUCCAAACAAGGUUCGUCCCGAUCGCCUACAUGCACCACUUCGAGGAGAUGAUGGAGAUCGGAUUGUGGUGAUAGGAUACACGGUGAGCAAGUGGGAGAAAUUGCGUCAGUGUCAGUGUGACGAUUUAGAGGAGCUGGGUUUUGUCCUACCGGAACGUGAACCAGUGGUGAAGAUGAUGAAUGCCGAUGGGAGGAACCACAGCAGCUCCGCCGACCGGAGCCACGAACACCGUGAUGACCUCAGGGGCGAGUUUCCUGGGGCCAGGGUCAUCAAGCGAGUCGACCUUGCCAAGGCCGGUGUCAGAGGAUCAUAUGGAAGUGAGCUCAGGUCAGGGCAAAGGGAGCAUCUUCCGGAGAUGGGCGGUGAGCGCUUGGACAGUAUGGUGGUUCCAGGAGGUCGUGUGGAGCUUCGGCUGAAAUGGGCCAUCAAGUACAUCCCGGACCUUUCCAGUCAGGGUGAAGAGGUCGUGAUGACGUCAGCUCCUUUGUUGCCGUUGGCGCACGAUGAGGAGGAGCGGAUGAGGAGCAGGGUGACAUGGCUGUCGGAGUUUGUGGAGGAGGAACGCAAGAUCAAAGCGAGGCAAGCAGAGCGAGGUGAGUAUGCUACGCAAAGGGAACGACAGCUAUUCUACAAGCUGGAUGAUGCCAUCGAUUACAUGAAUGAGAUCCUUUGCUUGAGCCACCAAGCGAGGGAACAGGCGACCAUGAACAUGAUGAAGUUGGCCCAGGAGGCCGAGGCGACUACAGAGGUGGAAGAGAUGCUCCAGGCCUUGGUUGAACCGAUCGAUACAGUGCAUGGGGUGGAGCUACAGGAGGUCAAGCGUCACCUAGCGGAGUGGAAAGAAAGUAUCCAGAAGGAGAUCGAGGUUCUUGAAACGUCUGGAACGCUUCGUCGUAUAUCACUUCCAGAAGCUAAGCGCCUCGCGGAUGCUGGGGAGAUCGUCCUG